UGUGGGUGUGUAGGACGUUUCAGACAACUUGCCACAACAUAUCAACAUGGACGAAUUGACGACUCCCGUGCGACCGCAGCAUAAAUUCAACGAGCAUAGACUCAAAAAGUAUCUGUGCGCCAAGUUGUUCGUGUCAAACGACGACACGCUAGUUGUCAGGCAGUACAGUGCGGGGCAGUCGAAUCCCACUUUCCUGAUUCAAACACCUUCCAAAAGUUAUGUUCUAAGGAAGAAGCCACCCGGUGCGUUGCUACCUGGCGCACACAAGGUGGACAGGGAAUAUCGUGUCCAGAAGGCAUUGCAUUCCGCUGGUUUCCCCGUGCCUCAGCCCCUUCUCCACUGCACCGACAUGGAUGUCACGGGAACAGAGUUCUACCUGAUGGAGCACGUUGUGGGCCGCGUGUUUCGGGAUCUUCGUCUGCCCGGAGUGAUCCCGGCGGAGAGGGUGGCUCUGUACGUGGCAGCAGUAGAAGUUUUGGCCAAACUGCAUUCAUUGGACCUGGCGUCCCUGAAGCUAGACGGCUACGGGAAAGGAGCAGGAUACUGUAGGAGACAGGUGUCCACAUGGACCAAGCAGUACACGGCCUCGGCUCACCGAGACAUCCCUGCCGUGAACGAGCUCUCCUCGUGGUUGAUGAGCAACCUGCCCGUUGAGGAUCAGGAGGUCACGCUGGUCCACGGUGAUUUCCGAGUGGACAACUUGGUAUUCCAUCCGAGCGAGGCUCGGGUGCUGGCGGUGCUGGACUGGGAGUUGUCCACCAGCGGGCAGCCUCUGGCAGACCUGGCCUACUUCCUCAUGCCUCACUACUGGCCCUUCAGCCUCAACAUAUUGAGCUCUAUGGGUAGCUUGAAAGGAAUAGAAGGUAUCCCCUCAGUGGACGACCUGAUUUCCAUUUAUAAAUGCUGCCGGGGGGUCCCGUCACCUUUGCCCUGCCUAAAUUUCUACUUGGCGCUGUCCUUCUUCAAAAUGGCAGGAAUCGCUCAGGGUGUUUAUGCCCGCCACCUGCUGGGCAAUGCCAGCGCUCCCAAUGCCGCCGAGUUAGGCCAGUGCGUCGAGCCCUUGACUGUGCUCGCCCUGCAGCUGGCGCAGAGGCCUCCGGAGGCCGCGCAGGAAGCCCGGCUGUUUCUGCAGACGGCCAAAGGCCAGGCAGUGCUCCAGCAGGUGAAGGACUUUAUGAGGCAGCACGUACUUCCCGCACAGAAGGAAGUAGCGGAGUACUACAUCAAGUAUGCUCACUCGCCCCUGAGGUGGAACACCCCCCAAAUAAUCGAAGCUCUAAAGGUGAAAGCUCGAGAGGCAGGAUUAUGGAAUCUCUUCCUGCCGGCGGCCAGCGGCCUCUCUCAGCUGGACUACGCCCACAUCGCCGAGGAGACCGGACGCUGCUUCUUUGCUCCGGAAGUAUUUAACUGCCAGGCGCCGGACACAGGCAACAUGGAGGUGCUGCACAUGUUUGGCAGCGAGGAACACAAGAAGACGUGGCUGGAACCUCUGCUCCGAGGAGAGAUGCGCUCCUGCUUCUGCAUGACAGAGCCUGAGGUGGCAUCCAGCGAUGCCACCAACAUUGCCUGCAGUCUCCACCGUGAGGAGGACCAGUUUGUCAUCAACGGAAAGAAGUGGUGGAGCAGCGGUGCGGGGCAUCCUCGAUGCAAAGUGGCCAUUGUGAUGUGUAGGAGCGCCCCCGAGGAGGCCGGCAGCAGACAUGCCAGACACAGUAUGAUCCUGGUGCCAAUGGACACGGCGGGCGUGAAGUUGAUCAGGCCUCUCACCGUGUUUGGACAAGACGACGCUAUCCACGGGGGCCAUUUUGAAGUGCACUUUGAGAACGUGCGCGUACCCGCCGCCAACAUUAUAUUCGGCGAGGGUCGAGGCUUUGAAAUCGCUCAGGGACGUCUGGGUCCGGGCCGGCUGCAUCACUGCAUGAGAGCCGUGGGCCUUGCGGAGCGGGCGCUGGAACUGCUGUGCCAACGCGCAGCCUCCAGGCGAGCCUUUGGCAAGAAGCUAUAUCAACACGAAGUGGUCGCUCACUGGAUCGCAGAGUGCCGACUCCUGAUUGAGCAAACGCGCCUCCUCACACUCUGUGCCGCAGAUGCGCUCGACACGCUCGGCAGCCGUGCCGCGCGCAAGCAGAUUGCGCUGAUCAAAGUGGCAGCGGGCAGAAUGGCGUGCAAAGUGGUGGACUGUGCCAUCCAAGUGUUUGGGGGUGCCGGUGUUUCUGGAGACUUCCCUCUGGCCCAGAUGUAUUCCUACGCAAGAACUCUGCGUGUUGCUGACGGACCAGAUGAGGUGCAUUUGUCCACCAUCGCCCGUCUGGAGCUGAGGGAUCAAUUGGCCAAAGCCAAGCUGUGACGUCUUCAUAACGUGACUUCCAACCGCAAGCACAGGAGGUCUCUCACAUUUGGAUUCCGCUAUGGUGACUUAAGACUGUAAGACAGGAAAUAGAACAUAGGGUGCAUUUAUUAAA